AUGUUCUCCAAGGCUACCGCCCUUCUGGCACUUGCUGCCAGCGCUGCGGCGCAUAUGACUCUCAACUACCCUGUCCCUUACGGCAAGGCCACGCUCAACAGCUCUCCGCUCGUUCCUGGUGACUGGCCCUGUAAGCAGCGCACCGGUGUUUACGAGGUCUCCGAGAUGAACCAGUGGGAUGCUGGUGAGACCAAGGAAGUCUCUUUCAUUGGUUCCGCUGUUCACGGUGGAGGCUCAUGCCAAUUCUCCCUCACCACCGACUCCAACCCCACCGAGGCUUCUCAAUGGAAGGUAAUUCACAGCGUUGUUGGAGGCUGCCCCUCGAACGUAACCGGCAACCUGCCCGAGAACCCUGCUGGCACCGGUGCCGCUGUCUUCCCCGUCACCAUGCCUGAAUCCAUUCCCGAUGGCCUUUACACUUUCGCAUGGACUUGGUUAAACAAGAUCGGAAACCGUGAGUUCUACAUGAACUGCGCUCCUGUCCAAGUGGGUGAGACCGGCGCCACUGCCUCCUCUGCCAACGCCGCCUCUGCACUCGGUGCCCUCCCUGACAUGUUCGUUGCCAACCUCCCCGACACCUCUUGCAGCACAAAGGAGGGUGAGGACUUCAACUACCCGGACCCCGGCCAGUCUCUUGUCGAUGGCGCCAGUGCCGACCUUGGUGACGAUCUCUCGGGUGCUGGCUGCGCUUCCAUGACCCAGAUGGGUGCUGGUAACGGACAGAUUGGCACUCCCACUCAGGCUUCUGGCUCUGGCUCUUCCGCUCCGGCUGCUACCCAGCCUGCCGCCACAGCCGUUGUCUCUGCUCCUGCGGCCUCUGCCCCGGCUGCCUCUUCAGCUCCUGGCUACUCUGCCGCUCCUGUCGCUUCGGCUUCGCCCGUUGUCUCUGUUCCUGGUGUCUUUGCCCCUGGUGCUUCCUCUGCGCCUGUUGCGUCUGCCCCCGCUGCUACCGAGCCAGCUACCUCUGCUGCUCCCGUCGCUUCUGCUGCGCCCGUUGCCUCUGCCGCUCCUAGCACUCCUUCCACCAGCGAGGACUGCACUCCCUGCACCACCGACGGUGAUGUUGUCUGCAUUGGCACCAGCUCCUUCGGUCUCUGCAACCGCGGCUGUGCUGUCGCUCAGCAGCUCGCUGCUGGUAUGGCUUGCACCGACGGCGCCAUUACUGCCGCUGUCUCUAAGCGUACCUUCCCUCGCGCUCACCUUCACAAGCGCCACGGCUCUGGCCUUCGUCUUAACUAA